AUGGUGCAUCGGCUCAUUGGAACGACCCUUGCUUUGGCAACAACUGCUGUCCUGGCAACAGCUGAGGAACAGCAAAAUGCUCUGACCAUCGAGGACUUUAAGCUUGAAGCUAUUCUCAGUUCGCUUUUGAUUCUCAUUGUGGUGAUUUGGUACAGCGGAUCCAGUGCCAAUGGCACCAAGGCAAAGGAAUGGGUUGCCUCGCAUAUUGUGUUUUUGGAACAACAGUUUGCGGUGGUUGGCAACAAGGCAGAAAAGACUACGCUUGUCAAGGAUGGACCUGCUGAUUAUUUCUUGUAUGUGACUGACGACGCAAUGUGCAAUUUGGCCACUGGUGGAUCAAGAAGUGAUCUUGUGGGAUGGGUGUUCGCGUUGGUGCUUUCGCUGUUCGGUUAUGCUGACAAGCCUGCGGACAAGUUGGUGAUGGAUGUGACCUUGGACAAGGAGAUGGACAAGGCCUUUGUGUUUGCCAUCCUUCCCAAAGACACUGCCCAGAGCACGCGUGAUGGUCGUUUCGAUUUGAAAACAUUCACUCGUCUUGCUGACUCGCCCAAAUUACCUUCCAACUUGGUUGUGUACACUGAAGCACAAAAGCUGGCAGAUCAGAUUCUGUCUACCAAGGUUUCUGAGCUGAUUAGCAACUCGCCUGAUUUCAAGUCUUUGAUCAUUACGAGCCAACCCGACUAUGAGCAGGAAAAGUAUCAGGGAGAUCAAGAAUUAAAGUUUCAUCUUACUGGUGACUUGAGCAACCGCAAGGAGAUGGUAGAGCUUGCAUGCCUGUUGCCUGAUGUUUUGGGCGACUUGCAACUGGCUGCGGAUACCAAGUCCAAGCUGAAGAAGAACCGCGAAGAAUUGGAAAAGAAGGCAGCCAAGUUGCUUGCGGAUGAACGUGCCGAAGAACUGGCACGCAAGAAGGCCGAUGCAAAGAAGGCCGAGGCGGAUCGGGUCAAGAGCUUGAGUCCAGCUGAGCAACGCAAAUGGGAAGAAAAGGAGCGUGCACGCGAGAUCAAAAAGUCGCAGAAAAAGCGUACCAAGCGCUCAUAA